AUGAACCACAUCAAGCGCAAGUCCGUGCCGCCGCUCCCGCUGGUAACUUUUCUCCUCGGCCUGCUCGUCAUCCCGCUGCUCUCGCGCCUGCACCCGCCGCCGCCGCCGCGGCCGGCGCUCCCGCCGACGGCCCUCGCGCCGCACCCAGAGACGUGCGCGCAGUGGCUCUCGCAGCAGCGCCAGACGCGCGCCUACCUCGACGCGUACAUCAUCGGGGUGCAGAAGGGCGCGACAUCUGAGCUGGCGAUGCGUCUCUCGCACCUGUCCGUGCUGCCGCGCGACAUGGCCAAGGAGUGGCAUUAUCUGGAGCGGCUGCUGGACCCGGCGCACACGCCGUACCCGACGGCGCUGCACAUGCCGUACACGGGGCCCGAUCUGGGCGCGCUGCGCCUCGCGCACUACCUGUCCGGCUUCCCCGGGCGCAACGCGUCCGUGCGGGCGGAGGAGGCGAUCCCGCUCGUGGACGGGGCGGCGGCGCACAACCGGACGCUGGUGUACGACGGGACGGUGGAGUACAUGCUGUCGGCGCGGGUGGCGUUCCUCGCGCACGCGUUGACGCCGCACGCCAAGGUGGUGCUGACGGUGCGCGAGCCGCUGCGGCGGGCGCGCAGCCAGUACAACAUGAUGACGCGGGUGUUCAACGCGGGGCGGCGGCGGCAGGGGCUGGCGGCGGUGGCGGCGACGCCGGAGAGGUUCCACGAGAUCCUGCGCAAGGAGAUGGGGCGGCUGGGCGAGUGCGGGUACGACGCGGAGACGGCGAGGCUGGAUAGGUCGACAACGGACAUGCUGAGGUGCAUGAUGCCGGAGAAGCACUCGUUUGACGACCUGCUGUACGUGACGCGCGGGUUGUACCACGUGCACAUCGAGACGUGGCGGCGGCACUUCCCGGACCACCGGAUGCACUUUGUGUCGUUCGACGACGUGGCGAUGGGGCGCGGGGAGGCGCUGCAGGGGCUGGCGCGGUUCCUGUGCAUCCGGGAGUGGGACGAGCGGCUACUGAAGAUGUACCGGGACAAGGGCGGGUCGAAGAGCUACGGGGAGCGGGCGGCGGAGCAGGGGCUCGACAAGCUCGGGUUCGAGACGUACUCGGGCGCGGACCGGUACAUGCUCGAGGUGCUGCCGCAGACGAGGGAGAUGGUGGACAGGUUCUACGCGGCGGCGAACGUCAAGCUGGAGCUGAUGCUGGGCAGGAAGAUGUGGUGA